UCCUCUGGUCUGCAUCCACAUCGCACCCAAGCGGUCACUGUAGCGUUCACGGACCGAACCGCUCACUGACUUAAAAUGGAGUUUGCCAUGGUGGGUGCGGAUGGUGGGUGCAAUAGUCACCUGCCUUAUGGAUAUGCCCAAGCUCGCGCACGGGAGAGGGAGCGCGAGCGGGAGCGCCAGGCUGCCCAGUCCAGAGCUGCGGCUGCAGCGGCCGCUGCCGAAGGUGGAACCUGUGCGGAGGGAGGAGGAGGCAGCUGCGGCGGUGGCGGCGGCAGCGGCGGCGUUGGGGGGUCCACCUCCACAACCUCCACGAGCGCUCAUCUCCUUAACAACCGCCAGCAUCAGUCUCGCGCCGCCUCCUCCACGAACGCCAACAUCAGCAGCGGCGGUACCGCCUCGCGCCCCUCCUCCUCCUCCACCUCCUCCUCGCAGCCGCCACAGAACCAGCAGGAGCCCGAGCAGCAGCAGAGAUUUCUCAGAGAGCGGAAAAAGCAGCGCGGCGUCGGACGCUGGAGACGGAACCGGAGCACUCUCGGCGGGGACCUGCGCCACUCGGAGCUGGCGCUGCUCGGAUCCGAGGAGGACAUCAUGAUAGAGGAGGAAGAGGCCGAGGGACCCGAGGAAGAGGAGGAGGAGGAGGGGGACCGGGGAAGCAAAAGGUCGAGUUUUUUGUGCAACAUGGAUGAUGAUGAGGAGACCGUGUCGAUCACUGACAGGCGGCCCCAGUCCGGAUACGAAAAUGUUUACAGCGAAUGCGGCUGCUGCGAGAGAGUUGUCAUCAACGUGUCGGGUCUGAAGUUUGAAACUCAGCUCAAGACUCUCACUCAGUUCCCGGACACACUCCUAGGAGACCCAGACAAGAGAAUCAGGUACUUCGACCCGCUGAGGAACGAAUACUUCUUCGACCGGAACCGACCUAGUUUUGACGCCAUUCUUUACUAUUACCAGUCAGGUGGGCGCUUAAAAAGACCAGUAAACGUCCCAUUUGACAUCUUUUCCGAGGAGGUCAAGUUUUAUGAACUCGGGGAGGAGGCGAUACUAAAGUUUCGGGAGGAUGAGGGUUUCGUCAAAGAGGAGGAGAAACCUCUGCCAGAGGAUGAGUUCAAGCGCCAGAUUUGGCUGCUUUUUGAGUAUCCGGAGAGUUCGAGUCCUGCCAGGGGGAUAGCGGUCGUGUCCGUCCUGGUUAUAGUCAUUUCUAUUGUGAUUUUCUGCCUGGAGACGCUGCCGGAGUUCAGGGAUGAAAAAGAGUCUCUACAGCCACGAAACAACUCCUCUCAACCUGAUCACGGAUUUACUCCUUUUAACGACCCGUUUUUCAUCGUUGAAACGGUCUGCAUCAUCUGGUUCUCAUUUGAGAUUAUAGUUCGGUUCUUUGCAAGUCCAAGCAAAACCUACUUCUUUAAAAACAUAAUGAACUCAAUAGACAUUGUAUCCAUUUUGCCUUAUUUCAUUACUCUCGGCACGGACCUGGCGCAGCACCAGGGCAACGGACAGCAUGCCAUGAGCUUUGCCAUCCUGAGAAUAAUCCGCCUUGUCAGGGUGUUUCGCAUCUUCAAACUGUCCAGGCACUCUAAGGGGCUGCAGAUCCUGGGUCAUACCCUGCGCGCCAGCAUGAGGGAGCUGGCCCUCCUCAUUUUCUUCCUGGUCAUAGGUGUCAUCCUGUUUUCCAGCGCGGUGUACUUCGCCGAGGCGGAUGAGCCCAACACGCAGUUUACGAGCAUCCCAGACGCUUUCUGGUGGGCCGUAGUGACCAUGACCACAGUGGGCUACGGUGACAUGAAGCCCAUCACUGUCGGUGGGAAGAUUGUGGGCUCCCUCUGUGCGAUUGCGGGUGUGUUAACCAUUGCGCUCCCAGUGCCGGUCAUAGUGUCCAACUUUAACUACUUUUACCAUAGGGAGACCGAUAAUGAGGACCAGUCGCCGGUGGAGGAGAGCAUGCCCCCGGGCUGCCCGUAUUUCCCCGACUUUCUAAGAAAAUUCAAAGGCUCGCCCUCUGGCUCCUCACUUGGCGACAAAGCGGAGUAUAUGGAAAUGGAAGAGGGGGUGACGGAGUCGCUGUGCGGGCUGGACAAGAGCCCCAGUAAAGGAAACGGCACAGACAUAAGCAGAAAAAACAGUACUAACUCAAAAUCCAUUCAGACUGACGUGUGAUUACAAUUAGUUUUUUUUUUUCUCAGAAGAACACGCCCUAUAAAGAUAAUUAUAAACAUAAUUUCUGCCCAACAGCAGGUGAUCCCCCUAAACACAAGUUUUAAACAUGCCUCAGAGACACCCAAAGUCACACACACACAC